AUGAAUUUUGAGUUAGCUUCCAUUGGCCUCAAUGAUGCUAUAGCUAAUGGACGAAGUAGGCGUCGUUUUGGACCAUCAACCGCCAGCAGCACUAAAACCACUACCAGUGAAGUGACGGAAAAAUCUAAAACCGAUCAAGUGGUAGCGGCUUCAAGUCACACCGAGCCAAGUCAAUAUCGUAGAGGAGGAGCCUAUUCCACCGAUGCGGGAGAUUAUUCUUAUAAUAAUGCUGAUUUAAAUCUAAUACGACCCGAAAGUAAGCCCUUGCACACUAAAAUUACCGCCAAAUAUACCAGCAGCAUAAGCAUACCCUCAGACUCUUUGGAGGAUACCGAAACCGCCGAAGAAUAUGUGGCCAAGGCUAUGGGCAUGUAUGGUUCGCGUUUGCGAGAACCUAUACGUAUACCAAGUGAACCGGAAGUGGAACCCUCGCAAAGGCCACAUCACUACCAGCAGCAUCAUACUGCCCAUCACCAUGCAGCACCGGCCCAACAGGAAUUGCAACAACAGCAUGAGCAACUGCAGCAUCAACAACAAUUGCAGCAACAGCAGGAACAAUAUAAUCAUCAACAAUUCCUGCAACAGCACCAACACCAGCAUGAACAGGAACAAGAGCAGGAACAACAACAUUUACAAAAUCUCCAUGAAGCCCAGGAGAAGCCCCAACAAUAUGACUACUACUCGUUCUCGCACAAAGAUACCCAAAGACCCAUUAUUCCUGUGGAGGAGGAAAGUCAAAGUCCAGCACCUCCACAGUACCAUUAUGCCUCUGCCCAGGAACAGAAUGAAAAUGAAGCAGCAAAGGCUUUGCUAGAAGCUCAAAUGCAAGCUCAGCUGCAGGAACAAAUGCAGCAAGCCCAAAUAGCCGCCAAAGAACAUGAGAAGCCGGCCCAGCCACAACAGCAGCAACAGUCAGAACAAGCCAAUGAGGAGAGCGGCAACUAUGAAAAGGAUCCCGUCACCAGAUCCUACAACAUCUAUGAGGAUCACACCGAAGGCUAUGAUGGCUCCAAUCCAGCACAUUUGGAACGCAAUUAUCGCACCAAGUAUCUAUACAAGCCCGCCUCCUCAUCUUAUCUCAGCAGCACCGCUUCGAAUGAGAAUGAGGAGAAGAUACGCGUUUCGGCUUCCACAGAAAUACCCAAGGCAGAGAUAAUGAAACAAAUCGAAAAAUCUGUCAUGAAGUAUAUGAAGGAACUGGAGGCAGAGGGUAAAAUUGUAGCCGCUCCUAAAAGCCAUGAACCCAAAACCUACUUCAAAGUGGUUACCAUACCUGGAACAGAUGAGAAACACAUUGCCUCUUCCACCUACAAACCGAAAUACACCUCCUCGGGCAAUAAUUAUGGUGAAGGCUACAAACAUACCGUAGUACAUGCUCCAGCCGCACCUGCCCCCUCAUCGUCUCAAGCAGGCCAUGGCCAGAAAUACAGUAAAAAUGCAGUAGGCAACAAAAAUAGCUAUCUACUGGAAAAUGAAAAUGUUUACCAAAAUUCUGGUCACGAUGUCACCGAUGUGCUCGCCCCAAAUGUGGAAUUCAUCUACAAAAUUAAGACAAAGGCCCCUCUGCACACAGCCACCGUGAAGACAGUCUCCAAACCCUACAGUCUACCUAUCAAAAAUAAUUUUGAGCAAUUUGAUCAUUCAACAGCUUUGAAAAAUCUCGAAGAAUUCGAUCUUUCCCAUGUGGUGACUACACCAGAUCCCGAAGACCACCAAUCCAUUAGCCCCUCCACCAGUAAACCAAGCAAAUUGUAUUUCAAUUCGGAGAUCUACCACGACAUUAAUUCCAUGCCAUAUAAACAAAAGCCAAGAAGUGAAAAUGAGUAUCGUCCUGAAUAUCGCAAGAAGACCUCUAGCCAAGAGCCACAUCCAGAUUAUAAAGGCUAUUCGGGUGUAACAAGUGGUUAUUAUGCUGAGCCGCCCACAGGAGAGGCAGAACGAGAUAUGUCCAGUUCUGGCAUGUCCGAGGAUGGCUAUCCUGUCAUGAAUCCCUACCAGCAGUAUGUCUUGAAAAAGGAGGCCAUGCCCAGUAAAUAUGAGGAAGCUUCUUCCAGCUUUGAACAGCCACGCAGCCAUAAAUACAAGUCCCUAGAAUUCGAUAGCUAUAACCCAAAAUACAACAAUAACCCUGAGGGCUAUGGCUAUCAACAGACCUACAAGACCCAUUUGACUAGUCGCCAUGCCCCCGGUAAAAGAGGAAAACGUGGUGGAGCCCCUCAUCCCAGUCAAAGCAAGAAGUCAAUACGCAAUAGUUCCAUGAAGGAGUUUGAGGCCAAUGUUGCACUACGUCCUCCACCAAAAGUUUAA